CCAAUGUCAAACGUUUUCUGAUUGGUCGAAAGUUGAAUAUGUUAUAUUAUGGUGGCUGCACAGCCGUUGCGAGCUCAGUUCCUCUUUGGAUAAACCUGUUGUCGGUAACAGUGCUGUAGUAGGAUCCGGCUUAAACCAUAAGCAUGGAUCAACUAUUCGGCAGUUUGAAGAACUUGUUUAAAGUAGAUACUACAAAUAUAGAUAACAAUGUGUUUCGUAUGCACUACAAACUAACAGUAGCUGCGUUGAUUGCAUUUAGCAUAUUGGUAACUGGUCGACAAUAUAUAGGUGACCCAAUAGAUUGCAUAUCAAAGGAUGAUAUACCCUCAGACGUUUUGGACACUUUCUGCUGGAUCCAUCACACUUUUAGUGUUGUCGACGCCUGGGAGAAAAAAGUCGGAGAUGAAGUGCCUUAUCCUGGUGUAGAUAAAUUUAUUCCCGGUCAAAAGAGAGUUUUCCAUGCCUACUACCAGUGGGUUUGCUUUGUUUUGUUUUUACAAGCUUUAUUAUUUUACAUACCAAGAUAUUUUUGGAAAACAAUGGAAGGUCACCGUGUGAAGAAUCUCAUUUUGGGUUUAAAUUCACCAAUUCUGCCUGAAGAAACUAAGAAAAAUAACAGAAAACUCCUUGUGGAAUAUUUGGCCAUGAAUAUGAGUAACAACAAAACCUAUUUUUUGUCAUUGUCUUUAGCCGAAGUUAUGAAUUUCGUUAAUGUAGUAGGACAGAUGUUUCUUAUGGAUAAAUUUUUGGGAGGUGAAUUUUCCAGAUAUGGCGUUGAAGUAUUUAAAUUUACCGAAUGGGAUUCUGAUGUCAGAUACGAUCCUAUGAUCAGAGUCUUCCCCCGUUUAACCAAGUGUACCUUCCAUAGAUACGGUUCUUCAGGAGAUGUCCAACGUCACGAUGCCAUGUGCAUUUUACCUAUCAACAUCAUCAAUGAGAAAAUUUACGUGUUCUUGUGGUUUUGGUUUGUAAUUUUGGCUACCUUAUCGGCUAUGUCUUUGGCUUAUAGAAUGGUCACCAUGGUAUCUUUGAGGAGCAGAUAUUACAUCACAAGAUCUAGAGGACGUUUGGCAAACAAGGAUUAUUUGGAAGCCAUAAUUAAUAAAUGUGAUCAAGGCGAUUGGUUAUUGUUAGAUCUCCUAUGCAAAAACUUGGAUCCCUUAAAUUUCAGAGAUAUCGUAAACGAAUUAGCUCGAAAAUUGGAAGGUAAAAGUUUUGACAGUGUAUAAUAUAAACUAUAAAAUUUUUUUGAGUAUUUUGAAA